UUGACCGUUCGGCAUUCCGUCAAAUCUGUCAUUCAUUCAAUAAUUUUUAAGAGCAAGUUCACACACAAAAAUGCCUCCGACCGCUAAAGAAACUGAAGAAAAUCCAAUAACUAACGACGAAGAAAAGCUUAAUUUAUGGCAGAGUAUACUAAACGAGGUACAGAAACAUGGCAAUCCAAAAUUGUCACCAAACAAACAGAUCGUGGUUCUGGGCGAUAAUGAAUCAGGUAAAACGACCAUGGUCGCCAAGCUGCAGGGCAUAGAGAACUCUAGUAAAGGUUCCGGGUUGGAAUAUGCUUACAUAAACGUCCGGGACGACUAUAGAGACGAUCAUACCAGGCUAAGCGUAUGGGUUUUGGACGGAGACCCGGCUCAUGCAGAUCUGCUAAAGUUCGCCUUGAACGAGGAGACCUUUCAGGACACCCUCGUAAUUUUAACGGUAUCUAUGACCACUCCGUGGGGUAUUUUGGAACAAUUGCAGCACUGGGGUUCGGUAUUGGGUGAUCAUUUGGAUAAGUUAAAACUUGACAUUGACAUGAGACAGAACAGGAGGCAGAUGAUGGUGAGAAAGUGGUUGGAGUACGUUGAGCCGGGGGAUGAACUCGAUCCCGCUUCGCCCAUGAAGAGAAGUUCCAGGAACUUGGGAGACGCAGAUGAUGAAGAAUAUGAUACGUCGCAGCUUCCGGAAAGCACCCUAACCAACAAUUUGGGCCUGAGUAUAGUCGUGGUUGUUACUAAGACGGAUUACAUACAGACUUUGGAGAAAGAUCAUGAUUACCGGGAUGAGCAUUUGGACUUUAUGCAGCAGUGGAUCCGGAAAUUUUGCCUUCAGUUCGGGGCGGCCCUGUUCUACACCAGUGCCAAGGAAGAUAAAAAUUGCGACUUGCUGUACAAGUACUUGACCCAUCGCAUUUACGGAUUCCCCUUCCACACUCCUGCUUUGGUUGUGGAAAAGGACGCAGUAUUCAUCCCUUCGGGUUGGGACAACUUGAAAAAAAUCAGUAUUUUAUAUGAAAACUUGCACACUUGCAAAGCGGACAGCUAUUAUCGGGAUAUAAUCGUGCAGCCCGUCACCAGGAAGACGGUGAGCAGGGAAACUGAAUUGUUAGCAGAAGACGAACAGGCUUUCCUCGCCAGGCACCAGCAGAUGUCUUAUGGGCCUCUACCUGCAGGUCCUACUAGGUUGGGUGAUACUCCUCUUCGAAGUAUGCCCAUGUCAGGGCUGCAGCCGUCGCCGAGGAAGCUGGACGGCUCCAAGGUGGUCAGUUCUCCAGGCGGAGAGGGCGUUCUCGCGAAUUUCUUCAACUCCUUGCUGCACAAGAAAACCGGAUCGCCCAACACGUCCCUAAAUAAAUCCGGGGCGGACUCGUUGACGGACAAAGCAUCGGUGCGGUCGGACGCCGCCGCCGAGCUCGACCGCCUCUCGCGGAGCGCUAAAAAAUCUGCUCCCCCCGCGGCUACUCCCAACGCUGGGGAUGGUCCUUCGAACUGCGUCGAUUUUAACGCUUCCGAUUGUUAAUUUUACCUUUAACGCUUAACCACUCUCAUCGUAAUUCCGUGUUAUCUUUAACUCUGUGAUCUUGAAAGUAAUUUAUUGAGCUUUUGUUACUGAUUAAUUUUGUUUUCGUUCCUUCCGUUUUAGGGGAAAUAUAUAUACAUUUUUUUUCGAG